AUGCAGACAAGCGCCCAGAGCGUGCCGGUUGACCGCACCGACUUCGUUCCCACGCCGGAGGGCGUCAAGAGAAGCCCCGCCUCCCACACGCAAGGAAGCGACUGUUCUCCACAGCAAGGCCAUCAACGACUUGUAUUCACCGACCCAGUUGCCCUCCGAUACCUCGAAGAAGACCCUUCGACCGACGUGCUCGACCGACGCGCCACACUGCAGGGCUAUGAGAUCUACAUUGUUGAACAAUGGGCUUGUUCUCGUGUACAUCCGACAUUUGUCAUCUCAACAUACACCGGUGAUCUAUCACAUACAGUGAUUGUGGGGGUUUUAAGUGUCCCAACGAAUGAGAGUACAUGGUCACCACGACUGCGAAUGUAUUUCGAUGCUAUGAAGCAAUACCACGCUAAAAAGAAGGAAACACCACUGGGGGUCGUCAUGGUUACAGACCUGGGCUCAUUCCCAUCCGCCUUGAGUGUGAUUCCCGUUCCCGGAGGAGAUAUCAAGAAACAUAGACAGGACUUCAUCGUGAAUGAAAACUUGAAGAGGCUCGGGUGCGCUGGUCGUGCGGGUCUAAAGCUUCAGCCGCCAACUCCUGCUACCAAAGCGAAGUUUCACCAACUCUAUCGAACCAGCGAGAGGGUUUUACUAUACGACGCAGUCAUGGAACUUGUCAAACAGUGCCAGAUCGCUUUGAUGGUCUUUGACAAGCUAGCUCCGGAAUAUGUCGAUGGCUUGCUAUGUGAUGUCACCGAGGCCGCAAUCAGUGACUGGUGGACAGAUAUCGGGACAGACCUGUACAAUAUUGAACCAAGCGACAGUGGUUUAGGACCCACAACUGUGGCUGCAUUGCUGGGCACGUUGCUUGGAGCUCGAAACCGACUGCACGCGUACGGUGCCCCAGUGGGGAAAGAUGCAUUUGACUUCCACAAUUUGAAAAGAGGAAUCGGGGGAUUCCAAAAAUCUCAAAAAAUAAGGCGCUCGCGGAGACUUGACCGACAUACUUUGGAUCGUUUACAUCGCGCUACGGCCAAAGCUGCGAAUUCAGAAGGUUGGACCGAUGCAGUAAAGUCCACCAUGGCGGAACUUAGUGGACAGGGUGGUGAGAUGGUCAUGGGGAUGGUUCGCGGGCGUGACAAAGGUGGCAUUGCCGAUAUUGAAACGCUUGAUCUCGAUACUUUCGUACAGUGCUGCAAUGGCGAGAGGGCAAAGUGGCUUUGGCUUGGCAAACAUCGCAAGAGUGGCUAUGAAGAUGAGUUCACACGCGGUACUGGAUCCGAUAUGAUGUUCACCACCGACGAACAAGGUGGAUAUGUCUGGACGAGUCGCAAGAAACCACAUUCAACAGAGGAUUUGCACCCUGAACGAUCCAGCCUGGCCCUUGAUCGUUCAUGGAAGAUGCCCGAUUCAUCAGUCGCCGAAGAAAAAGAUCAUCGCAGAAAGGGCGUUAGUGGUCGAGUUUCAGAUGCUCGUGCAGGAUUGGGGCGUUUCAAGGAUGCGGUUGGACUCCAAGGCCUUCGCUCUCAUCACCAUCAUCAUUCACGAGAAAGCUCGGAAUUGACACAUGACGCUGCUUACCGUCCGUCUAUCGACAGUGAUAAUGAGGCACCGCUCGCGAAAACGCGGACUGACUCUGGCUUCCGAUCAGAAACCAAAACUUCAAACGAUAUCGACGAGCCUAUCGAGGAGGAGGAAGAGGGAAAGGAAGAGAAAUCUACGCAACUUUCCCCCAUUGCCGACUCUGGCGAGGUCAAAGCACCUGUAAUUCAUAUUGAGACAGCACCAUCUGAAGAUGAGCUUGAACCAACACAGCCUGAUCAAUUCCUUGCGCAACAUCCUGACAUGAUCGACGAAGAGUCUGACAUGGAACGUGUCAUGUCUCGGUCGACGGCAGCAUCAACAGACCGCGAUCGUGGUGGCUCAAUCAGUGGAUUAGCUACCAUGGCCCUGCGGCGACCGCAAAGCUGCGAAGAUUUCCAAAACAUUGAACGUGAGAUCGAAAGACGAGACAACUACUGCGCGCGACAUUUGUCAUUUAGCACAGUUGAAGAAGUUGUACUAAACUGGGAGCCUGCAGGCGGGAAACCCAUCAUCAACGACACUAACAAUCUUGAAGAAGCCAUCGCUCUGGAAGACAUUCUUGCAUCCGAAGGGCGAAUUUUCAGUUCGCGGAUCCUCGAGUUGAGCGAGCACACUGCACCUUGGGUUGAGCGGCAAGUGGAUUCCGUGGACGGCCUCAACCAAGUCCUCUACGACCGGCACGAAGAGAUCAACUCAGUUUAUCUGGACCGAUUCGCAGACUAUCAGCGCCUGCGGGAACGAUCUAGCGAUAUUCUUUUGGAUGAAAACCACCACCUCGCUGAUGGAGUCAAACGUGUUGAGUUGCUGGGCGCAAAAUUGGAUUACGAACUACACGUCCUCGAAUCUAAAGUUGAGGACAUGGAAGCCGGCCUGAGCGACUUCGACCGUCACAUUGUAAAUGUCGAGACGAGAAUCAAAGCGCUGGUCAAAGGCGAGGAACAGCACGACACUUCAUGGACAGCAUGGAUAGCCCGGUCGAUGGGCUUCUCGACAUAA